CCAUGCUGUCCGAUGGAACGCUGUCAUCCCGUAUCAGCGUAAACCGCGGCAUCAUCAUCAUUCUUUGCUGCACUGUUUCAUUACUUACCGUUUUUUCUAACUUCACCGGAUCUCCUGACAACCAUGUCCGCUGUCCGCCGUUGUUGGUUUCGUUAGAUGCGAACGGUGCCUUCGUGUGUAACGCUAGCGGUUAUUAUGACGCGCUGACGCAACGCCCCCUCCGGCUGCUUAUUUUCUAUGAUAAGAAUGACGUUAUGAACCUGCCGCUGUGUGAUGUCAAACCGGCUACGCUGAUUGGUCGGCGAAAUGUCUCGUUGGAAGCGCACUCGGAAGAGGAUAUCGCGGCCGACAAUCCAAAAGUGCUACGGGGAGGACGCUAUCGACCCAGCGGGUGUGUACCGCGUCAGCGGUUGCGAGUGGCGGUGAUCGUGGCUUAUCGGGAUCGCCAGGAACAUCUGCAAAUCCUGCUAAAUAAUUUACAUCCAUUUCUACAACGGCAACAACUGGAUUACACUGUAUUUCUUGUGGAGCAGGCCGGGAACGCCACGUUUAAUCGAGGUAAGCUCUUCAACGUGGGUUUCGUCGAGGCAAACAAGCUGCGAGAAUAUCCAUGCUUCGUCUUUCACGAUGUUGAUCUCUUACCGGAGAACGACGCCAACGCCUAUUCCUGUCCGCAAUACCCGACACUGCUCUCCAGCGCUAUGGAAAAGAAUAAAUACCGGCCUAUCUACGCCGAUUAUUUUGGCGGGGUGGUAUCCUUUAGCAGUCGGCAUUUUCGACAGGUCAACGGUUUCCCCAAUUUAUACUGGGGCUGGGGUGGUGAAGACGAUGAUCUGAGCCUUCGCGUACGCACUCGCCUUGGGAAACUGUUGCAGGAACCGGCGGAUACCGGACAGUACACCAUGCUCAAGCACGAAAAGGAUGCCGGUAACCCGGUUAAUCCGCAGCGCUUUAAACUGCUGAAUGCCGCUGCAAAACGUUUCGAAACGGAUGGCCUGUCUAGUUUGUCGUAUAGUGUUGUGAAACUCGAGCGGAAGCCGUUGUACACGUGGAUUCUGGUGGACAUUGGACAGCCCGGCUAGAUGAGACAUUGUGCAUGAUCUAUUGUGUUUUUUGUCAACAUCAUGGUAUAACGGCAUGUGCAUAUAUGCACAUGCCGUUACACCGUUAUACUAUCCCACCUCAGUCCUGCACACGGUUAUACAUGGUUAUAUGGUUACAUGGUUAUAUAUACGUAUAUAACCGUGUAUAACCGUGUACAGGACUGAGAAGGGAUAAUACACUGCAGCUGAUCUGAAAGCUUCCAUCCAGAAUGGCAUAUGUACCAGGAUUACCUAAUUUCGUACUACCCUUCUUUGUAAAUAAUGUUUAUAAUAUCUAACCGUUUUCAUGUACUUUUUGAAUAUUUUAUUACCCGUUCUGUGUUUUGACGUUUCUUUGUAGGAAUUUCUAUAUUACUGUUAAAAAUUUAGUAAAACUUUUGAGGCGAUUGCUGCUCGCAUUUUGAAAGUGUCGAAGAUGCUACAAAGUUGUAAAAAUACUAUAAAGCGCGGUGUUGAUCGACAA